AUGCCAAACAAUCCAGCAUCACCUGGAAAUGGAGUAGUUAUCACAAUCGAUCAGCCGCGAUUCAGCUGAUGCGUCUAGCUCCACCGCCGCGGGUGGUCACGUCGGCUCCGGAGAAGCUAUGGGUCGAGGUUUAUCGACGAUGCUAGAGUCCAUCAUUAAGGAGUUCGACUCAAAAGCCAAUGAUGCGUUCAAUAGCCAAGACCAACUCUCCGGCUCACUCGAUCGACUAGUCCAAGGAAAACGCACCAUUGUUGUUCAUAGUACAACACGCGUCGAGGAUCUCGAGCGUCAAACUGAUGGAGUGGAAGCAACGAUAAACAGCUCAACCAACGGUUAUGGAACCACGCUUGGGACCUACCAGCUCAACCAAGGGACUCUAGAGAAUCUUCGCUUAGGACCUGAUUCUUGGUUGAUGAAACUAAUCAAAUUAAUACAAGGGAUAAAGAAUACUAUUCUCCCAAAGUCAAAGCUCUUUUAUUAA